AUGGACUCCGACUCUCGUGGUCCUGAGUUCAAUGCCCAGACGCGAUAUAGAUCUGAUACUUUAGGUGCAGGAUGCACCUCGGUGAAACGCCAACUGUUACGUUUAGCGGGAGUUCCUGAUAGCGUUGAUGUCCACUCUGGCUAUGCGAGAAAUGCUAUAUCAGUUAGAAAUGUCCUAGGUAAGGCUUCACAUGAACUACUGCAGUCUACAUUCCCGGCGACUAGGGCGAUGGUGGCCAGACAUCCCUUGGAGCGUCUCGUGUCUGGCUACAAGGACAAGUUCAGAAACGGGGGUCAGGUCACUGGCAUAUGGGCGACGUACAUGACGAGGCACAGGAAGCGUCGUGGAUUCGACACAAGUAACAUGACCUUACCCUUUCCUCAGUUCCUGGAGAUGGUUGCAUUCAUAAUGGAAGCAUCUGGGAGAAGCCACAUUGACCGGCACUUUCGCCCAACCACCCUCCUGUGUUCCCCCUGCAGCGUCAAAUAUGAAUACAUACUCCACACAGGCACUCUCACGGAAGAUAUUCAGUAUAUCAUGAAUAAACUCAAUGUCGAUAUUAGUCUACCUUUCAACAAGACACGAGCACCGUAUGAAAAUUAUUACAAAGAUAUCCCUGGUAGUCUAAUGAAAAGGAUAUACAUACUCUACAAGGAUGACUUUCUUAUAAACAACUUUACAGUAACUCCCUUCUUAAGAGGUGCAAUCCAAGAUGACAGUGUAUAG